GAAAAUGAGGUUAUGUUUGCUUCCAUUAAUCGUCGCCGGCUUCGUUAUCGAACCAGAGUGCCACAGGCCAAAGCCCCCUGUCGUAAACCCCUGCUGCAACCCGCGAGCAACCAACCGACGGGACCGGCUGGGCUGUGAACCGUGAGACGCGGGAAAGGGAGACGCGAUGGUGCCACGACCGGUUACUUAUGCCAUGAGUCAAGCCCGACUCAGAACCAUCACGAGAGCGAGCAUGGGGGUGGUGAGGGUGGGGAACCGUCCGUCUUGCCGUUUCGGGUGGUGACGUCCUGAAUCCUCCGCCGGAUAAGAAUGGCGCUUCUCCGCGAAUCGUCCUCUUGUCGGCGACGUUGGGUUUGUCUCGUGCAUGGAGGGGACACAGUGCGAUUCCCUCUUCGGGCUCAUCAAUCAGGGUCCAAUCCUCGCUCCGCUCAUUCGUCAGUGGCGGCGGGGAAGCGCCCUGGAUUCACGCUUGCUCAAACAGGGAAGGCAGAGUUGCAACCAAGACGCCGCGGCGGUUCCCUCAAUCCGCGUGUGGCAUGGCAUGGUUUUGCUGGCUGUGCGGCGGCCUUGGGGGCGGGCGGAAAUCAGAGUCUGCAACUUGAACCUGGAACAAAUCUGCAUCCAAGUUCGUUCGUUAACGAACGCGCCUCCCGCAUCCGAUUAGCGACGAAAUUAAAAAGCGCUGCCGCCUGCGCAGGGUCGUUCCCGUUUUCGGUUUCCUCGCCGGGAGAAAAACUAGCAUUUUGCCUGGAGGGAUGCUGCGACGGGUGCAGGAAGACCCGGGAAAACGAAGAAUGUGCCCGGGCAGCAAGAUGCCGGAAAUGAAAUCUCGGUCGUGGUGGAUGAAAAAAAUCCCAUUCUGCAGCCACUGCAUCAUGGAGCAAAACGAAGACGAUCUGACCGUGCUG